AUGUCGGGGAGUGACGAAAAUUAUCUGUCGGUGGAAGAUCCGCACGUUUCUGAGAACGGCGGACAUUUAGUUGCCCAGAAUCCACCGAACCAUGAUCGCGACCGCAACGCGCCGGAAGCAGAAGCUGUCGCAAGAAACAAGAAGGGAGAUAAACGUGUGAAGUUUGCCAUGUUUUCGUCGCCCCCGCAGCAAGAACAUGAGCUAGGGCGGAAGAAGGAAAUUUCUUUCGAGAAACAACAACGUAAGAUUCUCCUUGAUUACGAAAAAGGUAAGUACAACACCCAAGCGACUUUCGGGACCCAUGACGGCAAGAUCGUCGGGCGGCUGAACCAGUUGCUGGAGAAGCAACGCGGUAAACAAUCUGUUGCGCAGACUUCUGCCUGCGGUGGUUCUGCGAGCAGCUCCUCUUCGUCUUUCCAAAAUAACCCGCAGCAGGCGCACCACAGACAACGCUGCAGCCUAUCAAAUGUAAAAAUGUCUGGGUCCGGAACAAAACAACUUGUCAUGCUAAAUCUGAAUCAUGUAAAAACCUGUGUUGCAUGAUUACCAAAAGCUGUCCACUUUUGACCUAAUCGAGAGGCAGUUUCUCAUGCACGAUAGGCAUGAUAAAACUCUCACAGAAUCUGUCAUGCUAUGUCCCUCGUACCAGACCUCGCGGGCCAUGGAAAACCUGCAUGACAAGUCUGGCAUUCUUCCAGACCCCGACAUUUUUGCAAUUGAUACGACCACCACGACGACGAUAUUCGGACUGGAAACCACAACAACGACAAUCGCACCGGAUGCGCCGUAUCCCAACAAAGGUAGAAGUGGUUUUUGUCUAUGCUGCUGGUUCUUGUUUGUUUGCGUAUAUAUUCUGUGCAUAGAAGAUAUCAUGGCGCAAGAACUGUUUGCCGCUGCCGGCUAUUACUUAUGUAGCAAAUAAUUAUUUUCGUAAAGGGAAAUCAGAAAUCAAAACUGCACAGAUAUGCUCCUGACAAAGCCGAACUACUUUCCGGACAAUUUGAAACACGAGAACAUCAUGGUCCCGCUGGAGGCGAUGGCCAGCAAUCAGCCCACCGUGGACUACCUCUUUGGCUACCGGUACCACACCGAUGGGGAAGAGGGGUACCUGGCGCAGGCGGGGAACCUGCGGAAAAUCAUCUACCGAAACGUAUGACUUGCUCAAACGUUACAAUCUCAAACGUUACAAUAGAGUCUGGAAUUUGUGUUGCAUGAUGGGCAUGACAGACUCGCACAGCGUUCCACCUUUUGCAAUACAAAUUUUCCCAGAUUGUAGUGGGGUUUGGAGCUCCGGAACUUGUCAUGCGCAGCCCUAUGAGAGUUGGCUAGAUCAUGCUCAUCAUGCAAGACAAAUCUCAGAUUCUAUUGUAACGUUUGAGAUUGUAACACCCGAGCGGGUUAUAAAACGACCCCCGGUACGGUGUGAUGAACGUGAUCAACGACCCGCGGAACGUGUAUCAAAUGUAAAAAUUUCUGGGUCUGGAAAAUGCAACCUGUCAUGCUAAAUCUGAAGCAUGCAAAAAUCUGUGUUGCAUGAUUACCAA